UCCAAGCACUGUUUGUUCAGUUUUGUCCCACAGUUUCCGUGACUUGCAGUCAGGCUAUGUGCUCCUCUCUGACUUCAGUGUUAUCCCCUGUUUCUCACACAUUUAUAAACUUCUUGGUGUGAACUUUGAUUUUGUAUUCAUUGUGUAGUGUAGGGGAGACAAAUACCAAACCCAUCUUCACCAGACACAGGGGAAGAAAACGCAUGUUGUGAAGCAAUAAAUAGACAAGAAAAGCAGGCUGUGGCCAUGGAUUCAAACACUAAACAGUCUCCGGCGGCAGAAUGAAGAAAGUCUGAGGAGGACAGUGUGGGAGGAGAAUUUUAAAAUGAUUGAACUGCACAAUCGGGAAUACCUCAAGGGGAAGCAUGACUUCACCAUGGCCAUGAACGCCUUUGGUGACCUUACCGAUACAGAAUUCAGGAAAAGGAUGACUGGCUUUCAACGGCAGAGGAUCAAGAAGAGGCACACAUUCCAGGAUCAUCUCUUUCUGUCUGUCCCCAGAUCUGUGGAUUGGAGGGAACGAGGCUACGUGACCCCUGUGAAGAACCAGGGUCACUGUGCUUGUAGUUGGGCUUUUAGUGCCACUGGAGCCCUAGAAGGACAAAUGUUCAGGAAAACAGGGAGACUGAUCCCGUUGAGUGAGCAGAACCUGCUGGACUGCAUGGAAUUUAAUGUUACCCAUGGCUGCAGUGGUGGCUUCAUGCAGCAUGCCUUCCAGUAUGUGAAGGACAGCGGCGGCCUGGCUUCUGAGAAGUCCUAUCCUUACAAAGGGCUGGGUGGAGAGUGCAGGUACCAUGCUGAGAUUGCUGCAGCUAAUGUCAGUGACUUUGUGCAAGUCCCAGGAUGCGAGGAAGCCCUUAUGAAGGCAGUGGCUAAGGUGGGGCCCAUCUCUGUGGCAGUUGAUGCCAGCCAUAGCUCCUUUCGGUUCUAUGAGAAUGGCACUUAUUAUGAGCCACAGUGCAGAAAGGUUCACCUAAAUCAUGCUGUUCUGGUGGUCGGCUAUGGCUUUGAAGGAGAAGAGUCAAAUGGCAACAGCUACUGGCUGGUCAAGAACAGCUGGGGUGAAGAAUGGGGCAUGAAAGGCUACGUGAAGAUGGCCAAGGACUGGAACAAUAACUGUGGAAUCGCUACCUAUGCCACCUACCCCAUCGUGUGAGCUGCCUAUGCCACCUACCCCAUUGUGUGAGCUGCUGGGGGCAAGAAGGAAGGCGAGGACCGGGCACAGCAUGUGCUGAGGAGGGCGUCCCGCUUGACAGACCAGCUGCUGCUGUGUGGAGAAUGACACCUGAGUCACCGAAGACCCAUCCACGUUUGAUGUGAACUAAAUUCAUAAAUAUUAGUG